GUUUGCACAUCAUGAGACAUACGACGUUUACGUGCACGCUGUGUCUAACUGGGAUGUACAAGAAACAAGAAGGAUUUCCCUUGAAUUUGAAACUUCAUGGGUUGUGUUUUCUGUUCUUGCUGUUAACUGUCAAGGGUCAAGAUGACCACCAUAUACAUCAACUACACAACGACAUCAUCAAAAACAACAACCCAAGGGUAAGACCUGUCAAGAACAGCAGUGAUGCUGUCACGGUCUCAUUACAACUUAAUCUUCUCAGCAUGUCCGAUUUUGAUGACGUGACUCAGACAGUAACAGCUAAUGGUUUUUUCUUUGUGACCUGGAAAGAUGAGUUCCUAACUUGGAACGACAGCGAGUAUGGAGGGGUCAGUGAAAUAAGUCCUGACUAUGGGAUGGUGUGGAGACCUUACAUCACUAUUCGUAACGUCGUGGAUAGUGUUGAACCCCUGGGACUCGACUUCGGAAUCAUUAAAGUGACAGCCAAUGGAAUUGUGACUUGGUUGCCUGGAGAUACCUUCAAGAUUUUCUGCCUAAUGGAUGUUACUAACUUUCCUUUGGAUGAACAGAUGUGUACUUACAUUACGUUAGACUGGGGACAUAGUCUAGAUGAAAUUGAUUUAAAACCGAUCAAUAACUCUAUAGGAUUGGACCUGUUUAAUGCUAACAGCCAAUGGGAUAUCAUUGACUCAUCUGCUCAGAGAGUGGUCCUUGAAUACAUCGGCAAAUCAUCUUCACUUAUAAACUUCAAUAUGACACUGAAGAGAAAGCCAUCCCUGGUGAUACUGACAAUUCUCCUGCCUGUCUUGAUGCUGGGAUUAGUGAAUGUGAUGGUGUUCCUCAUUCCUGUGGAUUCCGGAGAGAAGCUGUCCUUUGCCAUCACAGUGCUGCUGUCUUUUACGGUAUCGCUGUCUUUCGUCACUGGACUGCUGCCUAAGAAUGCUGACAGUAUACCCGUAUUUACUAUCUUUAUUAUUGGCCUGUUUUUAACUAGCUCUAUCUACGUGUUUCUGACCAUCUGGAUCGUGCAAGUGUUCUAUCGGGACGCUGCCAUCAGGCCUGUUCCUUCCUGGAUGGGGCGUAUAACAAGGGCCUGGGAGAGAUGUUUCUGUGGCACUCCUGCUGUUGGAAACCAGGAGACGGUGCCACAGGAAAGGAUGUCAAAGGAAUCAUGGAAUCCCCCAUCAAUGACCUGGAUGCGAGUCAGCAGACUGGCUGACAGGGUUUUCUUUUGUUUCUUUCUCUCGCUGUUCAUCAUGACAACGGUGAUUGGUUUUCUUAAGAUAGCACAUUUCUAACAUGCCAAAGACAUGUAAACCCAGUAAACUGAAUGGCACACAUCCUUGUAAUAAUAAGAACCUUAUCAUAUUUGUAUUGACGCAUCCAUAUGUCACAUACUCAGUGUGUUACAUAUCCAUCACUGUCUUCUGUAGAUGUAUCACUGUGUUAUAUAUUCAAGACUGUGUCUUCUAUUGAGGUGUCAGUGUGUUACAUAUCCAUCACUGUCUUCUGUUGAUUUAUUAGUGUGUUAUAUAUUCAAGACUGUGUCUUCUAUUGAAGUGUCGGUGUAUAACAUAUCCAUCACUGUCUUCUGUUGAUUUACACUGUGUUAUAUAUUCAAGACUGUGUCUUCUGUUGAAGUAUCAGUGUGUUACACAUUCAAGACUGGGUCGUCUGUUGAAGUAUCAGUGUGUUACAUAGUCAAAACUGUGUCCUCUGUUGACGUGUGCUUCAUAUUCAAUGAUUAGUAGUAUGUUGACGUUUCAGUGUGUCACAUGUCUUCUGUUGACCUAUCAUUGUCUUACAUAUUCAACAUUGUGUCGCGUGUUGACGUUUCCAUAUGAUACCAUGUUCAUUCUGUCUCCUGUAUCUCAUGCUUUUCGUAAUGGAGAAAGAUAACCCUUUUCAUAUUGAUAAGAAACCUCUGCACAAAGCACAGUCGAUUAAACGUUUCCGACUACACCAUGAGCAUGUGUUUAUGAAUCACUAUCAAGUAGUCAUCAUACCAGAUGUUUGCUAAAAGGUAAGAAUACCCUGCCCCACCGGUUGCACCCGUCACAAACACAUGCAAAGGCAAAGCAUUUGCUCGCCUGAAAUAAACGGUAACAUUUUGUGCAAGUCAAAAUAGCGAAUUGCAUCGUAUAUCAUAUUUGUCACUGAUCAACUGAUCACUUUGUCAAAUUUGGGAAUGUCCUCAACGUGUCUAACACAAACCUUUUGAAAGCUUAACUGAAUCCUUGAAUGUCGUUACCCUGAUCAAACAACUUGGGCAAGAGUCGAAUGGCAGCUUUGAAAUCCUCAAAGAAAGAAGAUGUUUGAUUGUACCUCAAAAGUUGCGAAGUGUAAACACUUAUAUUGUAACCGUGAUCACUCA